AGAAAACAUGAAAAUCCUUACCAGCAGUCUAUUCACUACAAUCGCAUUUUUUUUGCAUUUUUGUGAAUCAAAUGCUGUGAUAAUGAACCACAAUCAACAUGGCGAUAACCCUUAUCCGCCAACUAGGAAAAUUACUUAUAAGCGCAGAUCAUUUGCAGUCUGGGAAACUCCUGCUGGAUCUUUGGCGUACCGAAUUCGCCUUGAACCUGUAGAUUAUCUUGAAGAUGAGGUCUCAUAUAUAGUACCACAGGAUAUUACAAUUGAAUAUGUUGUUGAACCUGGCGCACAAUUUGUGGUUAUCAGAGAACCUCGUGGAAUAUUUUUGGGAGCUCAGGCUGGAAAGAUAUCUCCGGAGCCACCAGGGUCACCAAGCAGAGUUAUCGAUUAUGCCGGUAACGAAAUAGGGGUGUGGAGAAAUCGUGCAACAGGAGUAAUUUACGAAGUUCGCCUUCUGUCUGAAAAUUUUGUACCAUUUUCUGCAUUUACCAAUCAUCGCUAUUUUAGAACGCAUCUCGUUUAUAAUAAUUAUGGUGGAGGUUUUUGGUUUUUGGUUCACGAAAUACAUAGAAAAGUUUUGGGAGCUGAGCUCUCGCAUACACCUAGUGCACAGUAAUAUUAAUUACACGAAUGAGAAUUUUUACACAAGAUAAAUAUUACAAUUAUAUAAAAAUUAUUUAAUAUUUUUCCGAUACA